AUGCCCCACGCCAUCCCCCCAACCCUCGAAGGAAACCAACUCUACGUAAAUGACGGCCUGCUCCACCCCACCCAAGUAUCCCGCCUCCACCCCUCCUCCCCCACCCUCCCCCUCGAUGAACUCCGCCGCCGCUACCAAGAAGAUGGCUACCUCUUCCUCAAAGCCCUGCUCCCGCGCGCAGACGUGCUACGCGCGCGAGAAUCCUACUUCCGCAUGCUCGCCCCCAGCGGCGUCUUGAAACCCAGCACUCCCCCCGUCCUCGGCCAAUUCGACUCUUCCAAACCCUCCUCGUCCUACCCAGGCAUCGGCGCGGGCGCAACGCCCAACAACGGGAAGCCCGGUGCCGAUGCCACAGCCUCGCUCUUCGUAGAUCUAGCACUGCAAGCCCAUUAUGCGCCGUGGUAUAAAGAGGAUUUCUGCAAGCACCCCGUGUUGAGGGAUUUUAUAGCGGAAUUGACGGGGUGGGGAGCGGACACGCUGGCGGUGAGGCGCAGUUUGCUCCGGAAUAAUACGCCGGGGAAUAAAGCGAUUGGGGUGCAUUAUGAUCAGAUUUUUCUGAGGAAAGGGGAGGAUACGAGUGUUACUGCUUGGGUGCCUAUAGGGGAUAUUGGGCUGACGGGGGGUGGGUUGAUUUAUCUUGAGAAUGGACAUCAUCUUGGGAGGGAGAUAGAAGAGGAGUUUACGCGCCGAGCACGAGAAUCAGGGUUGAGCGAAGAGGAGACGAAGGAUGCGUUUAAUCGGAAUAUGAUGUCCAAUGGCUUGCUUGCUGAUGGGCCGAAAGAGUAUGCAGAAACGUUUGGGAAGAGGUGGCUGGUUACGGAUUAUGAGGCGGGGGACGUGGUGUUGCAUACACCUUACACUAUCCACGCUUCGACGCUGAAUUACGAUCCCAACGACGUCAUUCGAGUUGGUACGGAUUUACGAUUCGUGAACGGAAGUAAACCGUGGGAUAAGCGAUGGGACAAAGAUUAUGAAUUCGAUGAUGGAGUUUGA